AUGAAUUUCCACCAACUUCCGACUCUCGGCUCCUCGAUGCAGAGCGCAUCCUUAGGCCAACCUCAACCGGUCUCACCUGCCCCCGUGGCACCGAACUCGAUGUCGCUACCAUCGGAAGUGGCUCUUUCUAUGGGCCUAUUCAAUCCAGAGCUUAUGGAACUAGUUACUGUGUCCCGACCGACCACAAAUAAUGGCUCUAACAUGACCUGGGCAGAAGACUCAUCUGGUUUCGAUUUGAUUGACUCCAUUUUAAACUGCCCCAGCACUUUUGAAAAUUUCUCUCCACUUAAUGGUGAGGAAGAUUUUCCAGCAGAUAGUUCAAGUGCAACAAUUAAAGCGGAAUACAAUUGCAAUGAUCUGAAGAAUGAGAACUCUAGAAGUUCAUGUAUUGAACUCCAGAACGCUUCUGCCAACGACGUCUGCGGUGCACUCACCUCCUCAAUAGCGUCCUCUUCAUCGUGCUUAGGCGGCAGUCACACAACAUCCAUGUUUUCGACUGCCUCUCCCAUUAGCGCCGUCAGCGAUGCUGUUGCCGAGUGCAAUCAAGUCUGGUCAGAAGGUAGUCAUUUUUGUGCUGAAGUCGGUGGAGCAACUCUGAUUCUCAGCCCUUCGCUUUCCCGGCUACAGAAUCUCCCUAUUAACUACUGCAAUACAGCAAUCGCCAGCAAUAAUAGCAGCAACACACCCUUGAUGCUUCACUCACCCGCCCCACCACAUCCCUAUCCUUCAUCCUCAUUGUCGCAGUCAACUACCCCGUCCAGCUGUCUGACCGAUCAGUUCUUUCCCCAGCGAGGGAUUACUCAGCAGUCGAUGUCAAGCUGCACCGAAAAAGUCGGAUGUGUCUACGUUCAGACGAGCCCGGUCGCCCUGCCACCUCAGCGACGCAAGAGCAUGCCACAGGGCGGUACCCCAGCCACAGGAAUUCAGGAUAACAGCUCUUCAAUGUUCAGUUGUAGUUUGCCCUCAUCUGCCUGGCGUUUUGGCAACAUGAAUACCUAUUACCCCAACACCACACCGUCUUCUGUCUUGGCAACCAACUCUGGCAGAGAGCAUUUGACACCCGAGGGAACUGCAAAAUCAGAGUCAUACCAUGGAUUCAGUAGCCUCCCUACUGGUGAAUUUCAACAUGGUACAAAGCUGUCAACAGAUUCAAGCUCAUACAAUAUACAAAAUAAGUUGGAAUUGUUCCACACCGUCGGCUUCGGAACUCCUUUAUCAGGCUUUCCGCUCUCCGUUCACAAAAUUCGUCUAAACAAUGCUAUCUUACCUCUGAGGGCUUUUGUUUAG